AUGUAUUAAUAAAUUUUACCAGCUGCAGUCGGUACAUUUCUCACAUCAGUCUUUGGACACUUUUGGUAUUCAGAAAGUUGUUUUGGAUAGUAAUGGAAAGCAGGAAGUUAAAUCAAAUAACCCUAUUAAAAUGAUAAUUCAAAUGGUUAGAUAAUUGAAAUUUUGGCGCGUUUUGUUAAAAGCUAUUGCUUUAUCCUUUUUUAUGUCUAUCUCAACCUGAAAGAUUACAGUUCGACAUUCCAAUUAAUACUUAUUAUUGUUGGAGGCAUCAUUUUACCAAAUGGUCUUUCAGCACUCGCUUGGGAAAUGAAACACAAGGAAUACAUAAUUAUAUAGGCGAGUGAACAUGUGGCAAGUUUAUUGAUUCUGGCAAUCUGUGCAGAAAUUUCAUAAAAAUCAACUUGA